CAAAUACUACCUGAUUGGGGCUCUUAAUCGCAUAAUUGUCACUUGUACGUUCGUACAAGGAUUUUGUUGAACUGCAAGAGUUGAAGGAUGUCUUGUUUGUUUGUUUCAAUGAGAUAAAAACGUUAGGAAGUAACAUUCCAAUUUCCAACUCCCAACUCUUCAAUCAUUCACAGAAAUCAUCCUUUCCUUCAGCCUAAACUUCAGAAUCAAAAUCCAUGGCUGGAGGAACCCUAAUUUUACACUCGCAUAAGCGGAUAUCUCUCUAUCCCUCUUCCCAUGAUCGUUCCAAUAUUCCGCCACGGUUGAAUUCCAAUUCCGAUGAAUUUCCGAGUCGGGCCUUGAAAACCCCACGCGCCGCUGACUACGACGACAUGGAUUCAUCAACAUUUUCUGCAGCUGUUAUAGCCGAGAACGAAGAUCUCUUGACGCUAAUCCUGGUUUGUUUGCCGGCUAGGUCUCUUAUCCGGUUCCAAUCUGUUUCAAAAAGAUGGCUAUCGAUCAUUUCCGACCCCUCUUUCCGGCGGCUCUGUUUGUGGAGGCACACUGGCGCUCACUUUAUGUACGGGAGGGGGAAAGACGGUACGCCGGAGUUCAAUUUUAUUUCCCCUAGCGAAGCUUAUGUAGAUUCUAUGACUUGUACUGUUUCUGGGUUAACAAAAUUGUUUGAUGUGAGUCAAAUUCUGGGAUUUCAUUCAUGCAAUGGGUUAGUGGCAAUUGCUUUAAAAUCUGGUGAUAAUCAUGUAAAUUUAUUUGUGUAUAACCCGACUACUGGUGAACAUAGGCUUAUACCGUUGCUUUAUGUUCAUGUUAUCAAUUACGAUAAUCUUGACCGAGGAGAAGGUGGUUAUGGUUUUGAUUUGAGAGACUAUAUUGAGUACGAUCCAGAGACUAAUGAGGUCAUUCCUCCGGUGAUAUGUCCGCAAACACUUUCUCGCUUUGUUGCUUUGAACAUUGCCUUCGAUCCUUUACAAUCUGAGCACUACAAAUUGGUCUUUGUUUGGUGUGAUGGUCACUAUAUUAGAUUCUCCUGCUAUGCAUCUGAUACUGGGAUUUGGAAGACUAGCAGGUGGUUCCUUGAUGAAAAACCGGCGACAAUCGGCCCUUAUAUUCAGAAGGGAGUAUUUUGGAAUGGAGAUCUUUUCUGGACUUAUGUAUGGUGGCAUACGUUAUGCUUUGAUUUAGAAACUGGGGAUGAGAACCCAGUCAUGCCUUCAAUUCCAGGAGGGUUUAUUACAAUUCCAGGAGCACAAUUUUGGCCAGACGUGUAUUUUUUCGGGGUAAUUGGUGAUGACUUGUGUCGUGUUGGGCUGACAGAGCCUCAUUCGUUGACAUUUCGUGUUUACUGUAUGGAGAUGGAUUAUUCAAGUUGGAAUUUGAAGUAUUCGUUGGACAUCUCUCCUGUAACUACUUUGUACCCAUCAAUGGCAGUUGAGGAGCAUGAUCCUUUGUUUGACAUUGAGUGGUGGAAUUGUAAAUUCUCUGUGCUUAAUUGUCUUGUCACUGAGAGGAAGGAAAAACCUGAGUUGCUGAUGUCAAUGCGAGGGAAAAUCAUUUCUUUUGAUACAGAGGGCAUGGUUGUGAACGAGAUUGCUGAUGUUGUGCCGGAGACUGCUAGUGAAGUUCCACGGCAAUCAAUUUCCCGGUUUGAAUGGAUGCAUACUUUCGAACACAUUGAGACUUUUGCUUCUGUUUGAGUCGUUAGCAUGGUUUCUUAUUCAUGGCCUUAUAAAAGAAUUCUAAUCAUGGAUACAUUUAUGCAGUAUACCAUGAUUUCAAUGGGUGUUUAGUAAGGAUCUUGUUACAAGUUGUAACUUCUUUUUUUGUUUUGGGGAAAAAUGUGAACUUUCAUAUAAUAAUAAAGCAACUCAGGUCAUAUUUACACCCAAAUUACAAAUUUACAUCUGACU